CUGCGGAAGAUUCUCAAAGUACCUGUAGGACGGAAUCUACCUAAUUUUGUUUAUGUUAAUAUUUAUUAAUGUAUAGAAGAAAAACCAAGUUAACUAUAGAAGAACUAAAUAUGAGUUAAGUUGGUCCCAAAAAUUCGUCAAAUUAAAUUGAAAAUAGUGGUUGAAAAGUGCGUUUUAAAACAGCUUAAAGAACUUUUAAAAAAAGUAAUAUUAUCGUUGUUUUUUUCAAUAAGAUCACAGUUUAUAUAAGUUUUUAAUACACCUGGAAAUACCACAACAAACGGUAAGUUGCAAUAUUCUUAUUUUAAAUACAAUAUUUCGACAAAAAAAAUUUUUUUUUUUCCUUUCCUUUUGGGGAAAAUUGGGACGUAUGUGGGGUAAUUUGGAACGAGACUGGAAAAAUUAGGGACGAGAAAACACAAAAUUGGAACGCCAAAAGACAAAAUAGGGAUGGCUUGUUAGGGUUGUCACUGAUAUCUUAUAAUAGAUUUUUUAGCCUAUACUAUCACUCAAUUGCGUGAUGUAAAGAAGGUUAAUGUGUUUAUCAGUUAGUUUAUGUAAGUACUAUAGGUAAAAGAAAAGUAUAUAUAUAAUUACAUUUUUUCGCGACAUUUACCUUGUAAUAUCGGCCCGGUCGUAUGUCCUUUAUAGCAAUAAAAUAAAAUAAAAAAUUAAAAAGAACUCAAACGAAUCAAAACUUUUGUUAUUUCAGAAUCUAUUGACGCGUCGAAUCAUGAUUUUUUUAACAUUCACAACGCACACACAAAUAAAAACAGGCCUCAGAUUUUAAAUGUAACAUUAAUUAAAAAUCCGAGAUAUCUAAGUUCCAAUUAUGAGUUGAGUGAGUUAAUUGAGUUUAGUUAUUUAGCUUAGAAAGAAUUUCUUUUAUUUUUGUUAUUAUAGGCAGUAAUCAGAUAAAUCUGCUUUUUUAUAUUAUUCACCCGAUAUCUCACUCUUGCUCAAAGAUUAUUUUGAAAAUGUUGAUUAAAUAAAAUUGUAUUAUUGCAUUUCCAGUCCUUUUGUUUUCUAUUUUUUAUUCUAUUUUAUGAUUUUGUUUCAGAGUUGUGAUUUUUAAGGAAAUUAAAUAAUAAUUUUCUAAAAUAUAACAUGCACAUACUUUUUUUGAUCAUUGUAUUGUUGAUUAUCAUUCACGUCACAUCGCUUCGGAAUAGAAACCAGUUUAAUUUACACUAUGUUGUGUAUUGUGCUUAAAUUAUGGAUUGUAUUCAUCAUUUCGGUCCAUAUAAAUAAUUGUAUGGCACCUACCUACCUACCUAUAUAUCGCAGUACCGCGAACUGACGACCCUUACAAAUAUCCCAAUUUAACCCUUACCCGUGUCAAUUUACCCCGAAUGCGGGGUAAAUUGGGAUGGCCAUUAUUUUUCCGAUUAUUUCUUUAAAUUGAAUAAUUAAAAUAAUGUAACGGUUUUUAUCACCUAGGUACGUUCAAGACUCAACUUAUUUUUUUGGUUGAGCAGUGAUUAUUUAAUUGGAACUAUUUUAAAAUUCAAUCUGAAGUUCGAUUUUGUCCCUAUUUACCCCAUUUUACGGUACUGCAUUUGAAUUUGAAUUAUAUUCUUUUACUUUUGAUGUGCGGUGUCAUUCUGAAUUAUAUUUUCUCAUAAACAAGUAAAAACAAUAUUUUCAACUAUUAGGGUAAACCAUACUAUUGUUGGCACCCCCCCAGUGAUUGGCACUCUGAUUUAAGAAUUCAGAUACUAAGAGACAAUUCCUGUUUAUUUACUGUUGCAAUACUUUAUUUGGCAGAAUAUCUAAUAAUCUCUAGUGGCAACACUGUUGUCAGCCAUCUUUCUUUCAGAGCUGUUUGUGAGAUUUUAUGGAAAUCAAGUCGUCGUGAUCGUGUUGUUUUUUUAUAAAAAAGUUAAGUACUGGUGGAUAGAAGUGCACGUGAAAAUUUGAUUUUUGGAGUUGAAAAAUAAGCGUUCCGAUGAUUAAACGAGCGGUUAAUGGGGAUCUCACAACAUGAAUGCCGCCACCCACCUUGUGACUUAAGGUAUUCAACGCCUGCCCCAUCCUUCACAUCGGAACGCAUUACAGCUUCCCGGCAGAAAUAAGCGGUAGGUACAACCUAGCAGUACUGGCUCUACUUAUUCGCUAGUUGCCCAAGGCGCUAUUCCAGAUAAGCUCGGAAAGGUAUGUGAGGUCACGGGCUCAACCUGGGAGAAUUUGCUAACACUAGCCCUAGCAAGAGCAGUGUUUCGCAGAAUCCACGACCAGAUCGGAAUCGCUAACUACUGAGAAGAUCCAGCUCAGAGAAACUCAGUGGGUUGUGUUUAUGGUUUGCGGGCUCUCAAGACGUCCUAGCGCCAGUAAUUACUCACAUUAUAAUUUUUGCAGGUUUGAUAUUUAUUACACGAUGUUAUUACUUCACCGUGGAAGUAAUUCCUGAACAUUUGCUUAGUAAGUAUUUCAUUACUAAAAUUGGUUCCUGAAUUCCAACUGUUCUACAAGUCUUAACUAUCAGAAAUUCGAAGAAAUAGUUGGACCACAGUUAAUCAGAAAGAUGAAAAAUCAGGUGGUAGGUAAAUCAAGAGAAGCUAAAAAGCUUCACGACUUGUAUAAAUAUCUCGUACCAAAAAUGUCAACACAUGAGUCAUCGUCACAAAUCAUAGAAACAACUUCUAAGGAACUAAUGCAAUACAAGGACAGGAGCAAUUUAAAUGAACAAAACAACGAUGGUUCAGAAGAUUUCACCACAAUGGCAGCCCUCAAUGAAUUAACGACAAUGCCAACAGACGUAGAACUUUUGCUAAAUGAACCAGAACUGUCAACGCAUGAACCUCAAUCCAAAGACACUGGCACUUCUAAAACAAACACGAUGAUUGAUGAUUAUUCAGGAACCUCAGGACACCUAAAACCUCUGAACGUUGAACUUCAGCAUCAGGGGGUUGAGGAAUUAUCUUUGUCAUCCUGUAUAAAUCUUACAUCGACAAACGAUCCAAUACCAGAAGCUGUACAAAUGGUUGAGGUUAUUUCUGAGUGUGAAAAAGAAAACCAAACACCAAUAUACGUAAUACCUAUUCCAUCCACUAGUCGUCAAAGUUUAGAGCUGAUUGGAGAAAAAUGGGUACUAGUGGAUGACAUGCCAACCGAAGUCCCUUCAAAGAGUCCAAUAAAGAAACAAAAUAUAAAAGAUUUUUUAAAGUUACCAAAGACUCCAAUUAAAACACAAAAAGCUGGUAUAGAACGUCGCUCUUUUGUUUUAACGAGUAAAGAUUGGGAAGCUGUAGAACUAGAAAAACAACAAAAAAAGAUGAAAGAGAUACAAGAAAAGGAGAACAAACGAAUAGCAAGACUAGAAAAAGCCAAAGAGAAACGCUUACUCAAGGAAACAAAACAAGCUGAAACUAUAAAUAAAAAGAACAAAGCUAAAAAUUUAAAUUUAAUUAAGAAAAGUAAGCCAAAUUCUGAUAGUAUCAAAUCAAAAAUUGUUAUUCAAUCAAAUGUUUUAAUUAAGCCUGCAAAUAGAAUCUCAAGUGAUAUUAAAGAAAAAAGAGAAUAUACAAAAGAAAUUAAAAAAGGACCUAUGAACGAAGUUAAACCUGCAGAUAUUACUGCCCUGAAGGAAAUAAAAAACAGGCCAAUUUUAGAUGCAGUUGAAGCUGCAAAUGAAAGACUCUUUAAAGAAUCGGAACAAGUACAGAUGGUAAAAAAAGAAUUAAAGAAAGGACCAAUUUUAGAUGAACUUAAACCUCCGAAAAUAACUUUUCGAGAUUCAAGGGAAACCGGAAAAGAUAAGAAGAUAAAAAUUAAAGUAAAUAGAUUGAGACCAAUGACAGAUGAAGAAUUGUUAAAAAUGUUGGAAGAUGAUUAGGCGAGAUUAUUAAUGGACCUAGGCACGUAGGUGUGUGCCUACAUUGGUAGAUAUAACUGCCAAGUGCCAAUAAACCACUUAUAUGUUGAAGGUCAUCUUAGAGUGCCAAUCACUGUACUGUUUACCCUAUUUGUUUAUAAUUAAUUACAGUUUCUAAGCUAAGUAGAAGGAGUGCAGAACAGAAAUAGGAUAGAAUUGAGGGAAAAGAGUGAAAUUGAUGUAAAAUGAAAAUUACUCAUAGUCGAUUGUAUUCUUCUCCUUAGCUGUUGAGUAAUCCUAAUACAUUAAUAGGUUAUUAUUAUAAACGCCUGUGCAGUGAAAAUUGUUUACUGGUGGCAGUUCUGCUCUUGUAGGUUGAUAAGUCGUUGUGUUGGUGUACAUAUAUAAUAUUAAUUUAAUGUAUAAGUAUGUACUAGUUAACGAAACAUAACCUAAAGAUAAAUUACAUUGACACAAAGCCUCGCUAGAAGUCGAUUGCCAUAAUGAAAAAAGGAGAACAUAAAACAGAGCGGAAUUAAUUAAAGUUGAUGGAUUUUUGGAAAAAAUGGGAGGAACGAAGUUGUGUGAAUUGUUCAGUUUUGUUAAUGAAGUACUUCUCCAUGUACAAAUUUGUAUUAAUAUAAUAAUAGCGGCUUAUAAACCGUACAGCGUCUGCGAAAGUGUACAAGUAUGAGGAAAUGAAACAAAGUCACUGAACAUGGUUUCUCGGGUUCCAUUAUAAGGCCCACUAGCAUCUCUUUUAAAUUCCUACCAUUUUAUUGAGAAGUUAUUAUAUUUCUAUUUACGUUUAUAAUUAAUUUCUAUAGCCGCUAGUCCACCCUAUCACUCUGCCCUAUUAUGUAUCUAUUAUUAUUGAUUGAUAUAAUACUGUUCUCUAAAUAGUUAAUCUUGAAGAGAUAAGCUAUUAAUAGGUAUGUAGUACAAUACGCUAUUAAUAGGUAUGAUAUAGAGAUAAGCUAAUAAUAGGUAUGUAGUAUAAUAGGCAUUAAUAGGAAUGUAGUGCAAUAAAUUAUUUUGUUUUAUUAUUUGGUUAGAUCAUUACAUAGUGUGUACAUACAACAAAAUACUGUAUUGUUUAUCAUAUAGUCUUGUUUUAUGAGGAAUUAAUUGAAAUUUGACAAUUAUUAUGCUUACAUCAGCAAUGGGAAAAUGUUAAUAAAAUAAAACAAUGGAAUCAUUCGAGAAAUUAAA